GCAGCUGUUUCCCUGUGGGUCCGGCUGGACUGACUUUUGACAGUCAGCCUUUAGCUGCGUCGGGGGCUUGGCGGGGGCCAGCCGGGAAAGUUGCGCCGAGGGAGGCGGAGUUGAGCCGGGCCGAGCCGGGCCGAGCCGGGCGCGCGGGGCAGACGGCGGAGGGGUCCCCGGGUGGACGCGGCGCCCAGACUCCCGGCGCGUCCGGAGGGUUCCGAUUUGAAGACCUGAGUUCUCCUCACACAUUGGAUUAUGCCCAAGAUUUUCCUACCCAAUGAUCCUCUUGCAACACGCCGGGCUUCCUCUGCCUAAGCGGCCCUCAUCCUCUCCUCCUAUGUCAGUGGCCCCCCGGUCUACAGGAACCUUGCAGCUUCCGCCACAGAAGCCUUUUGGGCAGGAGGCUUCCUUGCCUCUGGCAGGGGAAGAAGAGUUACCGAAGGGAGGGGAGCAAGACUCUGCCCUGGAGGAGCUAUGUAAGCCCCUGUACUGCAAACUCUGCAAUGUCACCUUGAACUCCGCACAGCAGGCCCAGGCUCAUUAUCAGGGUAAAAAUCAUGGUAAGAAACUCCGAAAUUACUAUGCAGCUAACAGCUGUCCUCCUCCUGCCAGAAUGAGCAAUGUGGUAGAACCUGUGCCUACUCCAGCUGUUCCUGUCCCCCCGCAGAUGGGCUCCUUUAAGCCGGGAGGCAGAGUGAUCCUGGCCACAGAGAACGAUUACUGUAAGCUCUGUGAUGCCUCCUUUAGUUCUCCGGCUGUGGCUCAGGCUCACUAUCAAGGGAAGAAUCACGCCAAGAGGCUGCGGCUGGCGGAAGCUCAGAGUAACUCAUUCUCGGAAUCCUCAGAGGCCGGUCAGCGGCGGACCCGGAAAGAAGGGAAUGAGUAUAAGAUGAUGCCUAAUAGGAGGAAUAUGUAUACAGUACAGAAUAAUUCAGCAGGUCCUUACUUCAAUCCCCGCUCUCGGCAGAGAAUCCCGCGUGAUCUGGCCAUGUGUGUUACUCCCAGCGGCCAGUUUUACUGCUCCAUGUGUAAUGUUGGGGCUGGUGAAGAGAUGGAGUUCCGGCAGCAUUUAGAGAGCAAGCAACAUAAAAGCAAGGUGUCUGAACAGCGGUACAGAAACGAGAUGGAGAAUCUAGGAUAUGUAUAGUGGUCGUUGUAUUCAGAUAGAGCAGCUUUUCCUGCCUGUUGUUUGCCUUCUGUCAAUAUGCCCUGCUUUUGUGGUCCUUUUGAUCUGAGUCCAUUCCUCUGCUUAAUGUUAAUACGUGUAACCAGUGGUACCAUGAGAUGUCAAGACUGGGGAAGGAAAAGAAUGUGCUUCUUAGGUCAUGAUGCGUUUUCAGGUCAGUUGUGUUGAGUUACUUAGAGCAUGUGACCCACCUACCCCACGAGAAAUAACUUUUUAUCUUGACCAAGUUCUGGUCAACUAGUAGCCUGAUCACUUAGAGCUUUAACUAUUUAAAAACUUCCCCUUCUUUUGCAGUUUUAGUUUUAUGUACUGUUAAGUAAAGAAUUUUAUUGACUCCUUACUUCAGAUAACGGUAAAAACUGGUAAGCAGAGAUUUUGGUUUCCCAGGUUUUCUUUGGAACCACCUCAACGCAAUGCCUUGCCAGUAGGAUAUAUGAUUAUAAGCAGCAUUAGGGUCUUUCCCAGUACGUGUUUUCCCCUUGUCUUCCCAUUAUUGAUUGAAAUGCAGAUUUUCUUGGAUUCAUACACUUCCAAUGUGCUUGUAGACUUCCAAAUGGUGAAAUUUCAUUUUCACUUGUGGAUUUCACACAUUUAAAUGCGGGCUUCUUCCUUCCUCCCCCCUUCCCCCACCCUGCCCCAGUUGAAUUAGCUUGUUUAAUAGGCUCAUUUUCAUGCCCCAGCUAUGUUGUGAGCUUUCCAAGCCCCCUGUUCCAAUAUCCAAUGUGUUUAAGAUAGAUAUGCUAUUUUUUUAAAAAAUAUUUUUCAGGUGGUUUUGGGAAAUGUAAAGAUGUGUUUGAUUUUUCAAUUUAGAGUUAUUCAUUGAUAAUAACGUACUUAUAUGAUGGUCUCGAUUUUAAGUUCAGAUCUCUUGAUAUUUGUUUUGUCAGACUUUUUCAAUGAACUGAUCCUUAGGGUUUAUUUACAUUCUUUCCUGUCUUGCCAGUUGGUUGGUUGCCCUGAAAAAUACUACCCCCUUCCUGUUUCAUAGAUAGAGAGGAGUUAAAAAAAAAAAAAAAGUUAACCAGAUUUUAGUAUCAUCAUUUCCAGUAGUAAAAUACAUGAACUUUGGUUUCCUUCUUUAUAAUUCAGCUUCCUUAAAGGUCAUAGAAAUACGUUAUGGAUUACUUUGGUAUCUGAUAAUUAUAACAGUAUUAUUAUUAUUAUUUUUUUUAAAAAAUAAGCUCUAGUGUAUGGCUAGAUAAACGAAUGGAGUACCCUAUGAACUUUCAUUAGUUGUAUUUUAUCUACUUACUAUAUUUACAUGGAUAAGACUGGUGCUCAUCCAUACUUUUUUUGAAAGGCCACAUCCACCAGGAAGUUUGCAGUAUCUUUGCACUAUGGUCAACUCACAUUUGAUUGCUUUUAUUACUAAUUAAAAAAUGAAACCCCUAUUAUUCUUUGAGAAUUCUAUAGGCAAAGAGAUGGGGAGAAGAAAAUUAUAAUCAUCAUUCCUUUCCUUUAAUCUUUAUGAGCAGUUUUUGAGCAACCUAGAUCCAUAUUUAAAAUUCAGUUUUGGGAUAACCACUGGUAAAAUAUCAAGUUGCUCUUCUGUUGAAGUGGUGGUUUUUUGAAAAAAAGAACCUACAUUUUUUUUUUCCCUCCCAGAAACAGGAGAAUGAAGUAACAUUAUUGAGAUUCUAUCUAGAACUGUGUCUCUGAGUAUAAUAAUCCUUUUAUACAAUCGAUUAAUUUAGGGCAAUUUAGAACUUAUUUUAUUGGUCAGUAGGUUACUCAUUUUGCUGCUAAGUAUAAUUUGUGGGUAGAAUUUAAUAUUACAGUGCUGGCCACUUAGUUCUAUAAUUAUUUAAAAAUCUUAUUUUUCCCCUUUCUCUGUAGUCUGUGUGUGUGUGUGUGUGUGU